UGCUGGGCAACCAAAGCUGCUGGGCUUGGUCUGCACUGAAUUAUCCUCCAUUUCUGGCGUUUAUCUGGGGAUUCCCAAAGAAAGCAAGGGACACAAGGCCAGGGCUCCUGGGGUGAAGGCACUGACCAUGGAAAGGAAUGACAUCAUUGACUUCAAAGCUUUGGAGAAAGAGCUACAGGCUGCACUCACUGCUGAUGAGAAGUACAAACGGGAGAACGCUGCCAAGUUUCGGGCAGUGGAACAGAGGGUGGCUUCCUAUGAGGAGUUCAGGAGUAUUGUCCUUGCAUCACAUCUGAAGCCGCUGGAGCGUAAGGACAAGAUAGGAGGAAAGAGGACUGUGUCCUGGAAUUGUCACACUACUCAGGGAAGGACCUCCCAGGAAGAGACCACUGAAAUCUUCCAGGAGAAAGUACUCCUCCAGCCUGAGACCUCAGCUGAGUUCUACCAUGACUGGCGGCGAUACUUGCGGAGUGGGCUAGAGCGCUACCAGGCCCUGCUGCAGCUCGGGGGUCCAAAGCUGGGCCACCUCUUCCAGACAGACGUGGGGUUUGGACUUCUAGGGGAGCUGCUGGUGGCACUAGCCGAUCACGUGAAGCCAGCCGACCGGUUGGUGGUGCUGAAGAUCCUGCACAGCCUGGCCAGCACUGGGCGCUUCACCCUGAACCUCAGUCUGCUGAGCCAUGCAGAAAGAGAGAGCUGCAGAGACUUGUUUCAGAAGCUGAAGACCAUGGGCACUCCCAGAUCCACAAAAGAGGGGCUGAGGCAGGAGGAGCAAGGUCUGGAGGAACAGCCUGGUGGGCUUCAGGAGGAGGAAGGGCUCCUGCAAGAGCUGCUAGGGCUAUACCAGGUGAACUGAUAGGACUAGUUACCCUCAGAGGCUCCCAGUGGUCACUGGAGACAUUUUUUUGUUAUUGUCCUGGGGGCUCUGCAGGACUGUGAUGAGAAGCCCACAUCUAAUUCUCUUCUCAAUUUGGAAUUUUCAGAGUAAAAGCAGGAAUCGAAUCUCCACUUCUCUAGCCCCUUAGUGGCUUAGUAUUUUGAACUGUAUAGAUCCAUAGGAUAGUCAAAGACCCAAGAAGUUGAAAGAAUUCUGCUUCCCACCUGUAGUCCACCAAACCUCUAGCCCAUGGCCCUGAGAGGUAAGUGUGCACCCAGCCAAGUGCUGGCUACACCACUUAUAGCCUCCACUCAAAAGAAAUGGAAAAAGCAAAAUCGUUCAUCUUCCAUGGUGAAAAAAUACUGAUCUCCAUAGCUCUUAAUGGGAAUAUUUAUACCCUAAACCAAUGAAUGGACAUUUAAUCAAUGAGUGAGCAAAUGCUACCUCAUUUGAGGUGCAGCAUUUUUCCCCAGGGGCUGAAUUCUUGUGCCAGUUGGACCUGGGAAAGCCCCAGCCCAUCAGCUCAGGUAUGGCCAGCCCCUGGGGCUUCUUCAGAUAGCCAGAUAUGCAAGCUGACAUGGUUCCUUCAACUCCCAGACUAACCAAAGGGAACAUCUUUCCACCCAGCAGGCAGGUGAGGGCCUGGAGCAGGGAGGCAGAGAUUUCCCUGUCCUGACAGCUGGGUCCUUGCUUCUCGUUCUGGUUUCCCCUGACCUAUUCUUGGGUGGGUGCCAGUGUUCUAGAACGGGGAGAGAGAGCCAGGUUCUAGAAUGGUUUUCCCUCAAGAUCUGUCUGGAACAUUAGGACAGUAUACUUCAGCUGGGAAUAAAUGGCCUUGCCUUGGGCCACUCUCAGGCUGUGGCUCCUCCUCCUGGCUGCUUGACCUUUCCCUCCUCCCGGCAGUGAUUUCUAACAGCCACACAGGCCUUUUGUGCCCUGGUUUUGCCGUUUCCCCGACCCCA